AUGCGGUUCUAUCUACUAUCGCCCCUUCUUCUUUUCCUCCCCACCCUGGCCACCAGCAACCCUCUCACCCCAGAAGGAAAAGAAGGAGAAAUGGAAGAAGACGAGCCCCAACUCCAAUCCAACACUAGUAUAAAACUGACCUCCAACGCCGCCCUCAACGCCCGCGGUCUCUUCGGUCUGGUCGACCGCGCCUACACCUGCUCAACAGGGUACAGCGCAUGCGCAUACGACUCGACACGCUGCUGUCCCAGCACAGGCCGCUGCUGUGGAAGCGGGUACUGCGCCGAAGGGGCCGAGGUGUGCUGUUCGUCGGGGACGUGUCGCGAGGGCUGGAACUGCUGCGGGAGCGGGAACUGCGCACCCAAGGGUGGGGAGUGCUGUUCGGAUGGGUUUUAUUGUCGUGCUGGGAAGGAGUGUCGGGUUUGGAGGGGAAGGAAGGUUUGUUGCUUGAAGUCGGGUUGUAUUGGGGAGUAUGAUUCUGCGGAGACGGGGACGGUUACCGGGACGGAGGCUGCGACUGAGACUGAGACUACGACGACGAGGUAUCGGAGUUAUGAGUAUUAUUAUACUACUAUUUACUGGUCCUACUACUUCUAUUACUGGACCACCUCCACCUCAACCACCUACACCAUCCGCACCAUAACCUCCACCCGCACAACAACCAGCACAAUCUGGUCCGUCUACGAAACCGACCGCGCUGACGCAGCAUCCUACCUCUCGUCGCGCUCGCGCUCCUACACCUUCUCCGCCCCCUACGCCGCCACCUCCCUAAUCAGCUCCACAGACCCCAUCACCUUGGGCACCGCCGACAACACUGGCGUCGACGGGUCUGUCCCCACUACACUGCCGACAACGAACCAGGCUGGGGAACUAUUCGGCGACGGAACGAGUUCGGCGGCUGAGGUCCCGGCGCAUGGUGUUGUGGCUUUGGUCGGGGUUGUGUUGGCGGGAGUUGUGGGUGCUUUGGCUUUUGGGUUGUGA